AUGGAAGAAAAUGAAGAGUUUGAAUUUAUCGAAAACAUAAAUAUUUUUGGCGAAGAAAUCCAAUGUCGUAAAGGAAAACCAAUUCAACUCUUAGAAUAUAAUGUGAAAGAUGAUCAGAUAAUCCUCAAAAGACAAGCGUUGGACAUAAUUGAAAGGAUUAACGAACCACUGGCUAUUAUUGCUAUCGUUGGAUCUUAUCGUCGUGGUAAAUCUUGGUUCGCGAAUGUUUUACAUGGACGUCAUGACGGUUUCGCCCUUGGAGCAGAGGUGAAUGGAUGCACUCGAGGAAUCCAUAUGUGGGAUACUCCAUUCCUUCAUAAUGGAAAACGCGUUAUCGUUCUUGAUUGUGAAGGCAUUGAUGAACCUCAACAAAGUCAACAAUGGGCAACGAAACUUUUUAUUUUAUGUUUAGUAAUAUCGUCUUCCUUUGUUUAUAAUAUUAAUGGAAUUAUUGGUAAAGCCGAUAUUGGAAAACUGUUCUUAAUGAAUGAUUUGUCAAAAUAUAUCAAAUUACCAAAUAAUUGUAAAUUCCUUCCAAGAUUGGUGGUAUUACUUCGUGAUUUCAUGCUAAAGGCUCCUAAUGAUUUUCGAACUUAUUUUUUGGAAAAAUUAAAUGAAGUUAACGUUGAAGCCUCGGAUGUAAUAAAAGAACGUUUUGCAGAUUUUGAAGUUUAUGGUCUGUCGUAUCCUGGACUUCCUAAAGAACAACUACAACACAUGGAUAAAGCAUCUACACCAGAAUUUGAACAAGAUUUCAUAGUAGAGGUGAUAACAGCCGUGAAUGGAAUUUUUAACAACCUUAAACCAAAAUAUAUAGGAUCAUCACCAAUGUCUGGUAUCUCUUUUGCAAAAUUUCUUCAAGAAUGUGUCAGAUCAUUGAACGACCCAGAAAAUCAUAUUCAGAUAUCAAUACCGGACGAAUAUAAAUCUGUGAUAGAAUAUGUUGCACAAAAAUCCAUACAAUGUUGUAAUGAAAUGUAUCAAAGAUUCAUGGAAUUAGAAAUACAACAACACCAAUUACCAAUGCUUUGGAAAGAUUUUAAUGAAAUGCAUAACAAAGCUUUUGAUGAAGUAAAAACAGAAUUCUUUAACAGAAUAUUAGGAUCAGCAACUCAAUUAUAUGAAUUUCAACAAGAAUUUCAUGAUAUGAUCGAAAAGGAUAGACUUUUGUUUCAUGAAAAGAAUUCAAAAGCUUUAUAUCAAUAUAACCUUGAUUUGGGAAUAAAAUUCUGGAAAACUUAUGUUAAACAUGGUCUUACUUUUGAAUCCAUUUUUAAGACUAGAGAGGAUUUUGAAGGAGCUAUUGCGAUAUUCGAACGAGAAAUGUUGGAUAAUAUGUUGGAAGGACCAGAAUCAGAAAGGGUAAUGGCAGGAUUCAAAUCCAAAGAAUAUCAAGACGCAGCUGACAUUCUCCAAUUAUACGGAAUACUUGAACAAAAAUAUGCUGAAGAAAUAAAAGCAAAUCAAGAGUCCCAAACAAA